UUUCAGUCUUGUUUUUUUUUUGUAUGUGUGUGCAGUAUGUGAGCCAAGAUGGCCGCGAUAAUCGCGUGAACGCAGCGAGGUCCCUUUCGUUUGAUCUCCGAGGGGGCGAAAGGCAAAAUUUUGUACGAUUAAAUAUUUCGAGCCGCGAUACGGGACGGGUCGUACGGCAACCGAGAUUCCUUGGAUCUUGGAAGUUGGUGUGAGCGCGUGCUGUGAGUCAGAAUGACCGAGGAAGCGCAACAAUCCGAGGGUGCUGCGCAGAACGACAGCUGCUCCGUGCAGAAUGACACACAGACCAAUUCGACGGAUGUCGCGAAAACUAGGGAUAACAAAAAAGAAAAAUGUCGCCCGAUAACGAAGGUCGUGAUCAGAAGACUGCCUCCAACAAUGACUCAAGAUCAAUUCUUAGAGCAAGUCUCUCCGCUGCCGGAACACGACUACAUGUACUUCGUGAAGGCCGACAUGUCCCUUGGCCAGUUCUCGUUUUCUCGCGCCUAUAUUAACUUUAUGGAGCAACAAGACAUCUUCAUGUUUCGGGAGAAGUUCGACAAUUACGUCUUCCUGGAUUCCAAAGGGGUGGAGUAUCCCGCAGUAGUGGAAUUUGCGCCCUUUCAAAGAUUACCAAAGAAACGAGUAGGCAAGAAGAAGGAUCUCAAAUGCGGCACCAUCGAGAGCGACUCGUAUUACAUAAGCUUCCUAGAGAAUUUAAAGAAUCAAGAGCUCGAUCCAAGUGUAGCCCAAUCGAAAACUGAGUUUUCUUAUCAACCGUCAGACAAUACAGUGAAGAAGAUUACAACAACUCCGUUGCUCGAGUAUUUGAAACUUCGUAAACAAGAGAAGCAACGUCUUAGGGACGAGAAGCGUGAGGAAAGGCGACGUAGGGACAUAGAACGACGGAGGAUCAAAGACGAUCCUGUUAUCUCUAAGGUUUUAAGAAAUCCAGAUUUGGACAAAGAGUCGAGCAAAGACGAUAAGGAGAAUAAAGAGGAGAGAGAUAAGCUCUCGCCGAAGGAGUUGAAAAAUAGAAAUAAAAGAGACGAGAAGAUACGAGAGAAAUCGACGCGAGAUCGAGAAAUUAAACCUAUCAUUAAGGGAUAUAGAGAGCGUGUUGAUGAUAGAAAUAAGGAUAGAGAAAUCAAGCAACGACGUUACGAGGAGAAAAAACCUUACGGAAGACGUGACGAAAGAGAGGACAGAAGAAUCGAUCUGCGCGACGACAGGAGGUAUGAGGUGAAGGAAGAGUUUAGGGAGUCCAGAGACAGAGGAAAGGUGGAGGAAAGACGCGGAAAGAGUUACGAGAAGAUGAGACAGGAGAAGAAGAAGUUGGCGGAAACGAAAAGACAGAUUGCCGAUGCCAACGGGGACGACACAAAUCCAAAGAAACCGAAGGAGGAGCAAGAUGUCGUGCAAGAGAAGGAAAAUGAAAGUGGCAAGGAGUCUGUGUACAACGGUGAUGAUUUGAGUCAUGGUAAAGACAACGAAUGCGAGCAACGUAACACUGCCGAGGACAGGAUAACGAUGGACAGCACGGUACAAAAUUACCGGGAUAGUGUGGAAGAGGGGAACGGUUCGGUCAAUGCAGAUGUCAACGAUGAGGACGAUUCCGAAGAUAAGGAAUCGAAAGUUGUAAAGAGACGUAAUUCCCUCGAAAGUGGCGGCGAAGGCGGUGCAGGUGAUGGCAACUGUUUACGACGUCACAAGUCACUAGACGGAGGAGGCCAAAGUAACCUCCAGAAGAAUGAUAGCGAGGAGAAAGAGAAAUUAGAUAAGAAAGAUCCACGGACGGAGCGUAGAAUACGAAAUAAGGAUCGCCCGGCGAUGGAGAUUUACAGACCUGGCAUGGGCAAGUUUAGCAAGCAACGACUAGAACGCGAGAAAUCCAACGAAGAACGGACGUCCCUGUCGCAGAGCCCCACGCCAAAUCCCGGCGUCUCCUCCGCAACCGGCAAGCCUGGCAAAGUUGGUGCCACGGAAGUACGCUCGAUGACAUUCAAACGCAGCGUCACUCGCGACGCGGCGUAAUGGAUUCUCAUUUUCAGUUUCUUAUCACUUGGACGUACUCCACCGACAGACUCGCGGAUGACGCUCUACUAUAACCACUGCGCGCAGCAGAUUAAUAUCGCCAUGCAUAAUUUUUCUCAUCGUACUGUAUAAAACAUAUCGUCAUCUUUGCCGUGUGUUAAAAUGAUGAUUCUACACGUGUGUUAGAUAAACAUUUUAUACACAGUCUGAUUAUACGUUUCGUUGGUUUCUUUUCCUUUUUUUUUUAGACGCAAUUUUAUUACUGUAAUAAUAAGGAAGUAAUAAAUAAGUCUAAUGUAUUGUAA